UUAGUGCGGUCGGUUUACUUUUCUUUUCGAAUUUCGAAAAGAAUGUAUAGUAAAGUAACAUUAGUUUAGUUUUUGUUCUAUUUAAAAUUCGGACUGUUGUGGUCUUUCUUUCCAGUUCUGUAAAAAUAUUCAAAUCAGAAAUGUCAUCUGCAGCAAAAGGUCGUCAACGCAAGAUGCCUGCUAAAGCUGCAAAAGGGCAUAAGCUUCCUGAACCUUUAGCUGAAGGUUUUGAAGUAACAGAUACACAGAAAAAGUCUUGGAUCAUUGGAUCUGAAAUAGGUUCUGGUGGAUUUGGAACUGUAUACUAUGCUGCAAAUGCUUCAAAACCAAAAGAGCUAGACUAUGUUAUAAAAGUUGAACAUCAUGGAAAUGGACCACUGUUUGUUGAGAUGCAUUGUUAUCAAAAAAUUGCCAAACCAGAAAAAUUGAUUGAAUGGAUUAAGCAGAACAAAUUGAAAUACUUGGGAAUGUCUCCAUGUUAUGGGUCUGGCUCCUUCAUGUACAAUGGCUCUAAGUAUCGUUUUAUGGUGCUUGAAAGAUAUGACAAAGACCUGCAAAAGAUACUGAAUGAAAAUGGACGUGUGUUUCCUACUAAAACCAUUUGUCUUAUCGGACUAGCUAUACUGGAUGUUUUGGAAUACAUUCAUAAUGAAGGUUAUAUCCAUGGUGAUAUAAAAGCUGCAAAUUUGCUGCUUGGGCGUAAAAAGGGAACCCAAAAUCAGGUAUAUCUAGUUGAUAUGGGACUUGCAUGUAAAUAUGAGCGUGAUGGUAAACAUAAGGAGAACUUACCUGAUCAAAAGAAAGCCCAUAAUGGAACACCUGAAUUUACCAGCCGAGAUGCCCACAAAGGAUCAUUUUCACGACGCAGUGAUUUGGAGACAUUAUGUUUUAAUUUACUUCAAUGGCUUAGAGGAGAACUGCCGUGGGAGAAACAUAUUGCUGACAAUAACAAACUGCAAAGAGAGAAAGAAAAGUGUAUGGAAAAUAUAGACCAUUUUUUAACUGUUUUAUUUCCUGAAAAAAAUUGCCCAGAAGGAAUUGUAAAACUUUUAAAAUAUGUUGGAGAUCUUGAAUUUGAACAAGAGCCUAAUUAUAAUUACUGCAGAAAGUUAUUAGAAGAUCAGUUAAAGAAGACCGGAAGUUCUAAAGAUGGCACUCUAGAGUUCAAAAGUUCUAUAAAGAAACCUGUGAAGAAAUUGGAAGAACCUCAGCCGAAAACAUCAGGUAAAGAAAAUGUAAGUAAGCCGGCCAGAAAACCUCAAACUAAGAGGAAAAUUGAUACACCAGUAGAGUUUGAGCCUGGAACUGUACUUACUCCUGCAAUGCUGGAAAUACUUAACAAAAGAAAUGAAACAAAGCCGAAAGCAAAGAAAAAAUAAUUUUUUUUUCUCUCUAGUUUUAAAGUGAAGAUGAGCUUCACAAACUUUUAAAUAUA